GUCCAUCUCAUCUCAGUAAUCUUUCAUCCCCAUUGGCUGCCCCCAGGACAGCCUUCCUCGAAGCCGGCCAAUCGCAGCGGCUCCAUCUGCACCGAGCCACGCCCCCUUCCUCUUAAAGAGCCCCCUUGUCUUCAAUGGAGACUCAAUCCUCCUCACUGACUUACUCAGCCUGAGUGUGCUCUCACCGCUGCUGCUGCUCUCCAUCCAUCCGUCUCUGAUCUCCUGUUCUCUCUUCCUCCGUCCGCCACCUCUCUACUUUCCCUUCUUCUUCCUCUCACUUACUUCCUCUGUGCCUCAGCUCCUUCCUCUUCUCCCUCUGUCUGCCUCUACACUCCUGAGCCUGAGCGUGCAGCACCUGUGCAGACUGGAGUUUGUUGGGCUUGAGGCAGAACGUUUCUUUUUUUGUUGUUGUUGGUUUGUUUUGUGUGCAUGUGUUUUGAACAGGGGAGGGAGGGGAGACAACACCCAGGAACACCUGACCGACGUUUGGUGAAGAUAUGUGGAGACUUGGGAACUGAUCUCCUCCUCAUCUGUUGAUUUUUUUAACAUUUUUCAUCACCACACCUGGAAUGCUUAACGUGGACUGAUGGAUGUUUCCGAACUGUGCAUCCCCGACCCUCUCUGCUACCACAACCAGUAGGUUGCUAACCAGAAUGCCCUCUGAGGAUCGGCACUUAUCCUCUAGCUGUGGUUCUUACGUCAAAACCGAGCCUUCCAGUCCAUCCUCCUCGCUCGUCGACACCGGCAGCCACCACAGUCCCAGCGGCAACUCCGACGCCAGCGGCGGCUACAUUAACGGCGGCAGUGGACGCUCACACGUCCUGGACUCCCCGCCCAUGUUCAACCCAGGCAUGCUCGGAGGCGGCAACGCCUGCUUACGCCGCUACGAGGAGUGCUCCGGCGGCAUGGCGGACGACUCGCCGAUCAAGUGCGAGUACAUGCUCAACGCCAUUCCCAAGAGGCUCUGCCUGGUGUGCGGCGACAUUGCAUCAGGGUACCACUACGGGGUGGCCUCCUGUGAGGCCUGCAAAGCCUUUUUCAAGAGGACGAUACAAGGGAAUAUCGAGUACAGCUGUCCGGCCACCAACGAGUGCGAGAUCACCAAGAGGAGACGAAAGUCCUGCCAGGCCUGCCGCUUCAUGAAAUGUCUUAAAGUCGGCAUGUUGAAAGAAGGUGUGCGUCUGGACCGGGUGAGAGGGGGAAGGCAGAAGUACAAGCGGAGGUUGGACACGGAAAACGGCGGCUACCUCGGCCUCACCAUCCCCCCUCCGGCCAAAAAGCCCCUGACGAAGAUUGUUUCCCAUCUGUUGGUGGUGGAGCCAGAGAAGAUCUACGCCAUGCCCGACCCCACCAUGCCCGACGGAGACAUCAAGGCCUUGACCACGCUGUGCGACUUGGCCGACCGCGAGCUGGUGGUCAUCAUCGGCUGGGCCAAACAUAUCCCAGGUUUUUCCAUGCUCUCGCUGGCAGACCAGAUGAGUCUACUGCAGAGUGCCUGGAUGGAGAUCCUGGUGCUGAGCAUCGUGUUCCGCUCGCUGCCCUGCGAGGACGAGAUCGUGUACGCCGAGGACUACGUGGUGGACGAGGAGCAGGCGAGGAUCUCGGGCCUGCUGGACCUUCACGUCGCCAUCCUGCCGCUGGUCCGACGCUACAAGAAGCUGCGCAUGGAGAAGGAGGAGUUCGUCACGCUCAAAGCCAUCGCGCUCGCCAACUCAGACUCCAUGCACAUAGAGAACAUUGAGGCGGUCCAGAGGCUCCAGGACUCCCUACAUGAGGCUCUGCAGGAUUUCGAGGGCCCCCAGCACCCGGAGGACCCUCGGCGGGCAGGCAAGCUGCUCAUGACCCUCCCUCUGCUCCGUCAGACCGCCACCAAGGCCGUCCAGCACUUCUACAGCAUCAAAAUGCAGGGCAAAGUGCCCAUGCACAAACUAUUCCUGGAGAUGCUGGAGGCCAAGGCUUGACACCCGAGGCCAGAUGUUUGACGGACAGCUGCGUCACCCAAUCCGAGGCGUUAGAAAAUUAAAGGUGAUGUGCCAACUGACGGUGAAGGGACGAAGCGUGGAUUACUGAGUCAAUUUUAACAAUUUUAAACAGUAAUAAAAGGAAAAAAGGGACUUGAAAUAGUUUUGAAAAAGGGGUGACUAUCAAACUUGUCUGACGUGGGAUUACGACGAUGUAAAUAAGGAAGUUGUGUACAGAAAUCAAGCAGCCGAGGUCUUGUUAUAACCGGAGACCCGCUGCCCUAUAUCACCUGAAGCUCCUGUGAAUCUGUUUCUUAUCUUAUUUUCAUCUCAAAAAUGGAAGUGUGGUAAAUAUAAAUGUCCUAAAGAGCUGUACAAUUACGUAGCCACAUUGUUUUUUUCUUUCUUUAUCUCAUAUUUUCUAAUCUCAGUUGUUAAAGCAAUAGUCUCUAACUGGUCGACAUAUAAUACGUGUACUGUAUAUUGUGUGAAAUUGCACUGGGCGUUGGGGGGCGGGAGGGGGGAUUAUUAGACAUAUUCUUAUAUUUGUCAUUGAAGGAAACGCUGCCCGCCACGGGUUCGACUCCCCAUUUCUUCGUAAUGUAUUUACCUCGUAGUAGCUUCAUCGACUCAGUGGUUCGGUCAACGUGGUGCUUACAGAUGGACGGUUGGUUGGCUGGUGGUUUCGCUAAGAGUUUGCACUAAGCGUCUACGAAUAACGUGGCAAUAAUGGGAAGCUCCGUCCGCUGGCCUCUGGUGUUUUUAUCGCUCGUAGAGACUAAAACACCCUCCUCGCUUCUCUCUGUGUCGUCAUUACUGGCAACUAAACAUACUGUGAAACUUGCAACGGUAACAAUAAGCUGUAUUUAAGAGUCUUGUAGCUAAACUGUGUGUCAAAGGACAUGACAGCAGCGACGUUUAAUGCAAUCUAAUACUCCCUGUAAUGUUUAAAACGUACCUUUGUGACAGUUUUAAAGCUCAAUUUUUGUCAGAUUGGUGCUUGAUCAAACCUCUGGUCAUUUCUGAGGCUUUUAUUUUGAAAUGGUGCCGUAAUAGAUUGCAUUAUAUCGUGUGUUUUUUGGGGUGUUUUGGCUUUUUUUGUGCCUGCCCUUUUUGUAUUCUCAAUCUACAAGUGUCACUAUAUUGAAACACAUUAGUGUGUGUGUCGGAGUCGUAUAUGUGAUACCAAAGUCUGUUUUCUAGCCUCAUGUAUUUAUAAUUUUAAGCGAUUUUUAGCUACCUGGAUUUUUUUUCUCUUAUAAAAUGUGGACUACAGGGUAAAAUAUGGAAGCAAGCUAAAAUUACACAUGUUGAAUUAACAAUAAUGCCAUUUUUACUCAUUUUUGUGUUUAAAUUUAACCUCAUGGCGCCUUUAUCAGAUUCACAGGGAUUUAAAUAUUUAUAGGCAACAAUAAUAUGAUUAGAGUGUCUUUUCUCCUUUUUUAAAUUAAAUCAACAAUCCUUUUUGUGUAUUCGUCAGUAUAAUGACACUUGUGUUUCUGAGAAUUCACUAUGAACUGAAACGCAGCAAGGAUAUUGACAGAAUAUAUCUGUAUCGCCGUCGGUUUUUAACUAAUUAAGGUGCUAAUCGUUCAGACAGGCACUGUGCACAAACUUAAGUUAGUAAAUCUGUAUAUUCCAGAAGUGAUAGUAGACUUUUAGAGCGUAAUAUCUAUCAGUGGUAAACCAGUUGCCAAAUUAUUCAAAGAAAGCAAUCAGAAUAACCUGAUGCGGCCAUCAGCAUAUUUCCCCCCCGUCCUGACAACCUGAGCGGGUUUGACGGAACAUGUUAUCGUAAGAUCCGAAUAAUAAUCAACUUAAUCAGCUUCUCUUAGGACGUUAGAACACUUUAAAGCAGUCACUAAAGUGUUUAAAGUGCCAUUAGAUGUAAAGCCGAGCGACCAGUAACUCCUCCACUAGAUGAUUAGAACCUAGACUACAAUUCCCAUAAUGCACUUCCCCAGUUGUUAAGCAGUCAGUCCAUCUGCAGUUGAAGCGAGGGAUGUGUCGCCUAGCAAACCAAAGCAUGGAGUCUUCAGAUACCAGUCGGUAGUUUCCACAUGAAUAUGGAUGUUCAGUAAAUCAAUGCUGCGACGGCGACGACAGCCAAACAUUUCUGUUCAGUCGAUACACGCAUCGAUGGGUUUGUCGAUAUGAGAUGCCAUGUGAAGUCUGUGGUCUCAAAAAGGGACAUUUUCCACACCAGAGGAAGCAGAACACUUCAAUAAACUACAAUCUGAUCCGCCGUUGGGUCGCCCGGACCUCCUCGGUGCACUUUGAUAGCAGAUAAUUGUUUCCCAACUUUCCUCCUCCACCCCUUUUCCUUUUCUUCUCCCAAAUUAACACGAGAAGAAAAAUAAAAAGAAAAAAUGCUUCAUUUAUUUUCAGACUUCUAAAACGGUUCCACUACAUCCAAUUAAUUCUAAUUGUCUCCUAAGCUGAAAUUCUCAAUAGAAAUGGAGCAAUUAAAUUUCUGCUUUGGCUCUACCUUGGGGACGAGAGGCGUUUUAUUUCGGUGGAUGGCGGGGAGGGUUCGUCUAAACCUUUACAGAGGCGAUUUCAUGGGCGUCUGUAAUAGUUUCCCAACAGAGCGAUCACUGGGCUAUGCAAGGCAAAUAUGGCCACCUAUGUGUUUGUGGAGCGUCGGGCUUGACAUUUAGUUGUGCUUUGUUUACAAUGUGGACACACUGUACAAAUGUAUUGUGCAUAUUUCACUGUACUAUAACUGCUGUGCUUUGAUAUAGCUAUGAUCAUUUGUUGCCAAUUUACCGACUUCCUCUCAAAUCUGGAGCCCACCGAAUCCCUGCGUGAUACGAGUCAGAGGAUAAUGACUCAACUGAGCGCUUUACGUUUGGUUUAAGGUGGGAUAUCGUCUUAUUUUUCCUUUUUUUCUUGUGUCUUUUUGUGCUGAAACACUCUCUCCCUCUCUGUGUGUGUUGUCAUCGAUUUUGGUUAUCGGCACAGCAGGACGUAUAGCGAGCGACGUCGUCUAGAUCCUAUACCUCAAUUCAUAUUUUGAAAAUUACACUGGGUUUGGAAGCGGGCCAUGGGUUCCUCCUGGGAAUCAGUGGCACAGAAAUAAAGUGACAUCACCGGCUGGGUAUUAAAAAAAAUGUAGAUGAACUUACUGCAAUUGGGGAGCACAUUCCUCGGAGGAGAAAGCUGCUUAUUCGCUGUUCCAUUUGUGGACUUACCUUAUCUCCAUGCACUCUGAGAUGACGAGAUUUACAUAAAACACGGAGGAACCUCCCCGGCCGUCCCGGUCCGCGGUGUAUAGAGGACCCUGCUAGGUGUACGUACCAUAGACAUGUGAUUACCCAAGAGGUUUACCCCCCUCAAAAGCAAUAUGUUAGCAUUUGUGAUGUAUGAAUCAAGCUAAAAGGGAGCUUUGGUUGGUUUUAAUUGUAAACUCACCCUGCGUUUGGAGAAAGGACGGGCUAACUAUGCACUAUGUUCUGGAAGACAAAGGGAAAAGUGCUGGAACUGAGCAGCGAAAGUUUCUCCCCAGACGGUGUUGUGUGGCAUUUUCUUGUGUUUUGUUUGUUGUGUUCAUGCCAACUGUAUAUCCAUGUGUAAAUAUAUGCUUUUUUUUUGGAGUGAGUCAGAUCUAACUGCACUGAAUGUACAGUGACAAUAAAAAUCACAUGGUUUAUGUAA